CUCAGGGUUGAUUCAGUUGUUUGCUUCCCCUUCUGAGUGUUUUCCGCCGGAUCCAGAGUAUCCAUUCUCAUCCAACUCUCAUCGGUCCUACUCUCAGGAUCUCAGGGUUCGAUUUGGUAUGAGUCAUUGCUGUUUUAUGCCCUGCAAUCCCCAUCCUGCUGCUCUUUCCCGGAAUGGUUCUUUCUUUAAUUUUCUAUAAUCAGCGAGACAUGAAUCUAUAUAAGAUUUCCUCGUCCUCUCGUCGUCACAAUCCUAACAAGAACGUCCCCCUUACACCACACCGUUUGUCAGCAUGAGCUGGAACAAAAAGCCCGACUCAGAGCCCCUGGUUGAUCCACCGAUAGUCUCGAUUUCGCCAACCAAGAACAUACAAGCAGGCAACGAACUCCUCGAAAAUAUCGCUUUGGCGGAGAUGACGGAGAACGGUGCCAAAUGGCCUCCCAGAGCGGUGGAGGGUUUUGUGACUAAAUAUAAAAAUGCAUCUGAACUUGGCGACGAGCUCAGCGAAGAAGUUAUAAGCAAUCCCAUCAUCGCUAACCUCAAACCAAAGGUUUUUAGGAAUAGCCGAAAAUACGCCACUAAAGCCUAUAAUGUCGCUACGAGCGCUAAGGGUCUAUCGGCUGCCUCCGAGGGUGCUACAUUUAUAGCUAAACAGGCUAAAGAUAAACGUUCAGUGGAUGAACAGUACAAGUCAAGGAGAGACAAGGAGACGAAACACGGUAUCACGAUACCGCUCCUCGGAGCGCCGUCACCCAUAAUACCUACACAGAGCCUCCCCGCGCAAGGAGAUGGGUCGAACGUACCCACAUUCGGCGGUCUCCCAUCCACAAAUGUUAAUUCGUCAAGCGCCAAUAAGAAACCUUAUCCUCAUUCUGGUGGACAGCCUGGAGGAGGGGCUGGUUCAUCGGCGUACGCCGGCCGGCCGCCUGCUUAUGACAAGCUCACGCAAGGAGGACCUCUGACUCAACAACUUGGGUACCCCACUAACCAAGGCUACUCCGCCAUGGUAUCACCUCACCAGACCUAUCCUUCGCAAGCGUAUGCUCCGCAACAAGUGUCGUACUCCACUCAAAAGGCGUACCCUACUCAACAGGCCCAACAGGCAUACCCUCCAAAAUCAGGGUACCCUAAUCAAGCAUUCCCUUCGCAAGCCUACCCUCCCCAACAGGCAUCAUACACUACCCAACAGACUCAACAAUCGUACCAUAACACGCAGCAAGGGUACCCUACUCAAGCAUACCCUGGCGGAAACACAAAGGCGCCUGCAGCUUCGCCUUAUCUAGGGACCUCGAAACCCUCGAAGCCAAAUUUCCACGUCAAAAAUCGUCAUUCAGGUGACAGCGGAACUUCAGACACCUGGUCGCAACAUGGACAUCACGGCCACCACUCAGCUCCACGUACACCUAAAGCCGAGACUUCACGAGCCGGGGCCAGUUCUACCAGGAAUCGUCACCAUAUCGAUACUUCCAACGGUAGUAUGCAGCGCUCUCCCAGUACGACAAGCUCUAUUGCACCGGGAUAUACGACGGUGGAAUCAGUGGCCCCACCCUAUACGACCCAUGUCGCCACACAGUCCAAGCCUAAGCCCAAGGAGAAUGAAGGCGAGAAAAACGACAAACAGCAGGACGCCAAUUGAGCCACAAAUGAUCCAUACCGACUGACAUUCAAGUUGUUUGUACACGCUUAUAGCAGCUUUGAACUCACGCACUAGUAACCCUACUCAAUUUUGUUUUUACCAAAAGUUUUUACUCAUAACUUAGGACAUAUCUCAAUGCUAAAUAUCAUUCAACUCACUUUCAACCACUCCCAGAAUCGUAGACUAUCUUUUAGAAACCCGUGAGGGGACGUAAAGCUGGUUGUUGUACCAACGAACCCGUCCUCGACUUUUAGCUAUGACGCCAAAAUAACUUGAUCAGUACGAGAUCGAAGUGCAGUUAUGUGUCUCCGGAUAGAUAUUGAUGUGGGCUGUGGCUCGGUCUU